ACCCGAGCCACGUGGUUUGAUCUCUUAACUGCAGAGCCCGUGUCAUUUAUGUUUGAGCUGAGCGGCGGCCAGUUCACUGAAUCCCACCCGGGCGCCCGCGCUUUCACACCUCCGUCUCCAGCCGGGGAGACACUGACUCACAGCGGCAGCGUCCUUUCCACCCAGCGCGCCCCGGACUUCACGGCGGACAGCUGUCGGCCGGAGAGAGAUGGGCAGCGGCAUCUGAGAAUGGGAAGGUGUGGCACUCUCCGGCAAUAAUGACCCAGUCACCUCGACGGUGGACGGCGGCGGCGGCGGCGGCGGCGGAGUGAGCGCGGUUGCCAGGGACCCGGCCGCGAGCGUCUGGGGGUCGUUCACCCAGCGUCUGUGUGAAUGGUGAUCGGAGUUACCUGGCCGGAGGUGGGAGUGCUGGGCGUGAGUAAAUGCGAAGCGAGCCUCGGCGGUUUCAGCUGAAACCCAUUCAGGUCCAUCUCUCCUGCCGAAACUGACCAGAGUCGGGGGCCAUGGGGAGAUGCAAUGGACGCUGUACCCUGAUCGUCCUCUGCAGCUUGCAGCUGGCAGCCACAGAACUGAGAAGCCCAGAAGAACCCAUAAAAAACAACGAACAUCCAAUGUGCCGAGAGACAGGAAAAAAAAAACACAAAUCGUGCAAGCAAUAAGAGUAGCUGCUUUGGAACGACAGAUCUUUGAUUUCCUGGGCUACCAAUGGGUCCCUAUAUUGGCCAACUUCUUACACAUUAUGGCAAUCAUCCUUGGUAUCUUCGGAACCAUCCAGUACAGACCAAAGUACUUAGUUAUGUAUGCAGGAUGGCUGGUGCUGUGGGUGGCUUGGAAUUCAUUCAUCAUCUGCUUUUAUCUAGAAGUUGGCCAAUUGUCACAGGACCGAGACUUCGUCAUGACCUUCAACACGUCUCUGCACCGCUCGUGGUGGAUGGAGAAUGGACCAGGCUGUGUCGUGACCCCAGUGACCCCGGCUGAUCAGGCCCCCCAGGACCAUCACGUCAUCACGGUGACAGGAUGCUUGCUCGACUACCAGUACAUCGAAGUCACCAGCAGUUCCUUACAAAUCUUCCUUGCACUCUGUGGCUUUGUCUAUGCCUGUUAUGUCAGUAAAGUCUUUAUGGAAGAGGAAGACAGCUUUGAUUUCAUCGCAGGAUUUGAUUCCUACGGGUACCAAGCCCCUCAGAAGACCUCUCAUUUACAGCUGCAGCCUCUGUACACGAUCCCAUCCAGGAGCACUGGUCAAGGUAAACAGGGCACGUCCUGGUCGUAAGGAAGCCGGGUGCAGAAAGCAAGGGGCAUGGACAUCGUCUGCAACCAACCGUCACAAGCAGACGCUGAUUGGGGAUUUUGUCGAAGAAUAAGAAUGUUCCAAGAGGCACAAAAAAGAGGGAGAGAGCAAAGUACAGGAGGAUCGUAGGGAAGUCAGACAAGCAAACUUCAGUGCUAACUGGUUGUAAAUUUCAUUGAAACUUCACAGAAGCUUGAGAAUUUUGAUAUUUUUAGGAUUAGACAGGUACAAUGGCGCCCUCUGAUGUUGGAUGUCCAUAAUGACUGGCUGUAUUCACAAAGCAGUCCUGGCCCUGCAGGAACACCCUUCGAAAGAGGAACUUUCAGCACUAAUGCAGAGGUGGCACCACCAGGAGUUCAGGUCAAGUGAAGGGUGGGUGAGAGGUGGUAUUGCAAGCCGCACUCUCUCUGUGGUCAUGUUUUUUUUUAAUUAGCCGGUCAGGUGAGCGGUUUAGGACCAGCGCCUGGCCCAGCGCCUGGCUCCUUGCUCCAUUCGGGAGAAAGCACUUGUGAUUCUGGUCACUUUGGGAAAGACUUCUGUCGGAGUCGAACGGCUGGUUUGCGAAAGUUUGCCGCAACUCUUCCAACUCCAGCCGGUGUUUCGCCUUGUUGUGGUAAUGGGCAGGAAGAUGUGGACGCCACUGGGUCCGUCAAACUGCGAAGGCAAGAGACGGGGGACUGGUUGGGGCGAUUCUCAGGUGCCAGAAAGCAGUCUGUUCGUGCUUGAAGUUCUGCAAGUUACUUUCCUAGGUGUGCCCACUGUAUGUACAUAACGUUGCUUUUUUAUCUGAAGGGGCACAGUGAUUCAGUCAUGGGGCAUCCCACCUUAGUACAAGUCAGCCUGAAAUCAUUAGGCCUCAAGCCUCUUCUUUUAUCGAACUUGUGGCAGUCUUGUGGUCAGAGCUGUCAUCGGUGUCGAUUAAUUUCAGGAUGAUUGUUUUGGCAACAGCCCAGGAGUGGAGAAAGCUCUGGUAACUCCAAAAGCAGACACCAUAGAACCUGCCUCCAGUUGAGUAGUGGCCUCUCAACCUUCUACAGUCAAUAGGUCUCUACUUGUUGGCUUUGGUUUGACCCUUACCCCAAAAUGGUCACCAAUGUGGCAGUAAGCCUGCAUAAAGAAAGUAUUCAGCCAUUCAGCCCAUCGAGUCUGCUCUGCCAUUCGUAUGUUUCUAUUCAAGUGCAGUUGGCCAAACAGCCUGAUCUUUCAGCAAUGCUUACUAUCUGAGGGGAUACAAGGUGCCUUUUAGGGGGCAGGUUGACCUUUGAGACAUCCAAGCAUCAUUUAUUACCCAUCCCCCAAUUGUUUGGGGGGGUUAAUUUUUCCACUUUGCAUUUCCUGGAUAACUUGGGUUGAUUUUCUCUCUGGAGCGCCCCAGGCUGAGGGGAGAUCUGAUCGAGGUUUGCAAGGUAGAGAGGACAGAGAGUACCUGUUUCCCAGGGUUGGAUUGUCUAAUACCAGAGGGCAUGCAUUGAAGGUGAGAGGGGGUAGGUCAAGGGAGACGUGAGAGCUAACUUUUUUACUCAGACUGAUAGAUGCCUGGAAUACGCUGCCUGGUAUGGUGUUAGAGGCAAUUACAUUAGAGGCUUUUAAGAGACUUUUGGAUAGGCACAUGGGUAUAAGGAGGAUGGGGGGAUAUGGACAUGGUGUAGGUAGGAGGGAUUAGUGUUUGGGUGUUUUUGAUUUGUUUUUUAGCUGGUACAGCACAACAUUAUGGGCUGAAUGGCCUGUUCCUGUGCUGUACCCUUCUAUGUUCUCUUUAUUGACAGGAAAAAGUUGUCUUCCUGAUCCGCGGUCUGCCAUUUGGGGAGCGUGAUUGGCAGAAGUGACAGGGGCAGGGUCGCGGGGUCAAUGCCGAGCAGGAAUGAGGUUAGGGAAGCUGUCGGGGCGGAGGCUGUCACUCUAUUCUUGAUCCCUGGCCAUGAUUUGUAUCCAGUUCUUUAGGUCUAGUAGUCUGUGUGCAGUUUGCCGUGGAUAAACUAUCAGGGCUGGGAUGGGGUGGGAGUAUUGUUGAUGUCUUUGUAUUACCAUGAGGUACUGGUGGUCACUCCAGCAGCUCUGCUGGGCUGGGUGAGCUUGGUGACCAACUGAUUACUGGGGAACGUGUGUCUUUAUUCUGUUAUCCAUUUCAUUAGUGCAGUUGGAUUUACAGUGACCUUUCAGCUGCCGGUAAUGUGCAGGUUGACUUUCCUUAGUUUUAUGGCAAUGGAAGUGAGCUCCCUGUUCAGCCCGUCAGUGCUUCCAAAAAUAAAUUAGGGGCCAGUUAGAAGUUGCCACCUUUGCCAAGCCCUAUGAAGCAAAGACCAGGAGCUAGUUGGAUCGGGUUCUUCCUGGGGCCAGUGGUAAUUAUUCCCCUCAAAAGUCACAAAGUUCAACAGGGACCAAAGGAAAGUCGGCUGAACCCAAGAAGUGUCCUUGGGCUUUCAACAGGGACAAGGGUUUCCCCUUGGUUUGGGUCGCCGUACAGAUAAUGUCACCCAAGCUCAGUAGGCAGAAAGGUAGCUGAUGCUUUAGUCCUGUGGGCACCGCUGGCAAGGGUGGGCAGUUGAUGCCCAUUCGUACUUGCCCCCCGAUGAGCCCGCCUCGAGAGCCCCCCCCCUCCACUUUGUGUAUCACAGCUGCCCAGUACUGUUGGUGAGAAAGCCCCUGAAAGAGGACCCAAGGACGAUGAAGCUACAGCCAAGGUAGGAGGGCCUCCACCAGCUGGUUGCAACCUCAUCCACAGGGUCUGCUCUAAGAAUGAGCAGGAGGGGCACCAGUGACCGACCAGCUGCUCGCCUAAGUAUACCCCCAGAGCAGGGUGGCAGGCAGCAUGUGGGAGUGACUGGGGGAGGCUGAGGGGGCAGUAAGUAAAUUAUACCGUUUCAGCGCCUUUUCAAGGCUCCCGCCUGUCUUGUGAAUACAGCCACAGGUCCAGCCGCCUUAAAACUCUUUUUGUCAACCUACUGAAUGUGUAUCACAGCUUUUCUGCCGGACGUUACCUUUGAAAAUGUUGCUGUACAGG